AUGGCGAAGACCGUCAUCGAAUGUCUCAAGUACAUCACUUCAGGAGACUUUCCACCAGGAAGUAAAGGAAGCACAUUCGUCCAUGAUCCCAAAGAUGCCCAUGAGACGGAUGUACAGGCACAGAUCAGACUCCAUUUGAGAGACGUGAAUGGCGAUCCUGUGGCUGUCCAGAGGUCUAUGCAAAGCACGGAGUUCAAAACCCUUGAGGGUGUCAUUAAAAGAUUCAAGCACGAAAAGAAAGUGAGCCUGAUCUGUAAAUGUGCUGAAAUGGACCGUGAGAUGAUUUCAGCACUGGGCGUCUCCAAGGCUGUUAUCAACCAUGUCAUCUUCUGCCACCAAGAGGAGUCCAACUGGCCUCUCAGUGAAGGAAAGGCCCUGAAGCAGAAGUUUGAUGACAUUUUCUCAGCCACAAGGUACAUUAAGGUAUUGAAGACCCUGCGGGCACUGAGGAUGAAGCAGGCCAGCAUUGUCAAAACCUGCCAGACGGAGCUCAAGUACCUGAAACAGAACAAAGAUAAAGCCCAAGAGAUUAGAGAGCUGCUCUCCACUAAAGAGGCUCAGCUGGCUUCCUCUAAAGAAAGUGUCCAACGCAUCGAAAGUCAGAUAGACCCACUGGAGAAUCGAAUGAAUGACAUAGACAGUAGCCUCAGCAAAGUGAUGAAGUUGGAUACUGACAUCAAAGCUUUGGACAGCAGGAAGAAACAGAUGGAGGAUGAUAACUGGGAACUAGAGGAAAAGAUGGAACAGGUGUUCCAGGGCACAGAUGAUCAGCUGCAGGACAUGUAUCAGAACCACCAGAGGACUGUGAAGGAGAAGGAACGGAGACUUGCGGAGUACCAGCGUGAUCUUGAACGUGCCGGUCGAGAGUGCCAGAGGAUGAACCGCAUCAAAUCUGACCUGCUAGUUGAGCAAGGCCGUCUGCAGUUGGAGGCAGAUAGACACACACAAAACAUUAAAAAGAGGGACACCCAGGUCAAGAGUUUAGCAUCUUUCCUGGAGUUGGAGGGUUAUGACCGGACCCCUCUUAAUGAGCGACAGCUCCAGAGCUUCCACAGACAAGUCAAAGAGAGACGUCAUGAUAUGCAGGAGAAAGAGGCACAGAAGCAGCAAACCAUCGAUGAUCUCUGAGAUAAAAAGACAGGUCUAGAGAGAACCAUUGAGCUGAAGAGAGACAUACAGGCCAAGAAACAACAGGAACUGAAAAACAUCAAGUCUAACCUCCAAAGACUGGAGGGCUCCUCAAGCAGAUUACAGGAGCUAGAAACUGAUCUUCAGAAAGCAGAGCAUGAGCUUGAUAAUGCCGUACAGGCCUGUACGGUGGACAGUCUAAAGGCAGAGGUAGUUGAACUACAGAAGGAGAAAACUGAACUGGAUCAGGCCCAGCGCAAGCUAGACCAGGAGAUGGAAUUGCUCAACACACACACCGCGGCACGCACACAGAUGGACAUGCUCAAGAAGACCAAGAUGGAAAAAGAGGAGCAAGUGAGGAAGAUCAAGUCGAAACAUAAUGAAGAGCUGGUGUCUCUGAUGGGACACUUCCCAAGCAAGAAAGAGCUAGAAGACUGGAUCAACUCCAAAUCCAAAGAGAUCAACUCCACCAGAGACCGGCUUAACAAAAUGAAGUCUCCCUGCUGUCCCGUGUGUCAGCGUGUGUUCCCGUCAGAGGCAGAGCUCCAAGACGUCAUUAAUGACAUGCAGUCCAAGCUGCGGCUCGUCCCAGACAAACUAAAGAACACUGAGCAUGACCUGAAGAGGAAGGAGCGCAGGCAUGAUGAAAUGAUGGAACUGAAGCCCAUCAGGCAGUCCAUAGCGGAGCUCCAGGAGAAAGAGCUGCCAGAGCUCAGAAAUAAACUCCAGCGUGUGAAUCAAGACAUUGAGAAGCUAAAAGAAGACACUGAGGAGCAAGAGACCCUGUUGUGCACACUGAUGUCUGAGGAAAACACAGCCAAGGCCUGUCUGCAGGAAAUAUCACACAUGGAUCGCUAUCAGCUUGACCUGAAGGAUGUAGAAAGGAAGAUCUCUCAACAUGCAGCCAGGCUGCAGGGAGUUGACCUCAGCCGCACCAUGCAGCAGGUCAGCCAGGAGAAACAAGAGACCCAACACCGCCUGGACACCACCUGCAGUAAGAUCGAGCUGAAGAGGAAACUGAUUCAGGACCAGCAGGAGCAGAUCCAGGCCUUGAGGAGCAGCGUAAAUGAGAUUCGUGGAGAAAAGCUCCAGAUCUCCAGCAAUAUGCAGAAACAUCAACAGUUGGAGGAGAAGUGUGUGGAGUUCUCCACUGAGAUUCAAACACUCCACACAGACAUUCGAGAUGCAAAGGAGCUGGUGUCUCCUCUAGCUGCCACUCUGGAGAAGCUCCAGCAGGAGAAACAGGACCAUGCUGAGCGCAGGAGACAGAAACAGGAGGAAGGACAGGAAAAGAUAAAUGGAAUUAAGGAAAAAGUUAAAAACUUGACCCUCCUUGAUAGAGAGAUUAACAAGUACAUAGAAGAGGGCAAGGACAGCUACAAAGAGGUACAACAAAAUUAUCUACAAGAGGUGGACAAACAACUACACGAGACUGAAAAACAGCGAGAGAAGAUCAAUAAAGACAUUGGCAACAUUCGACAAGAUAUUGACACUCAGAAGGUUCAAGAGCGCUGGCUACAGGACAACUUGACCUUACAAAAGCGAGUGGAGGAUCUGAAAGAGGUGUCCAGGAAACGUGAAGACUUGGUUAAGGAGAUGGGCAACAUGCAAGUUCUGCAACUGCGCAAUGAGUGGCAAGAAGUGGAACGAAAAUUGGAGGACCUAAAAAAGAACCACAGUGUGGCUCUCGGUCGACAGAAAGGCUACAAAGACGAGAUCCUCCGUUUUUGUAAAGAGCUCAGUGAGGAUCAAUAUUGCCGGGCCGAGGAUCUCUACAGAGACCAAAUGAUUGUGAUGAGAAAAACAGAGUUGGCCAAUAAGGACCUCGACAUCUACUAUAAAGCCCUAGACCAAACAAUAAUGAAGUUUCACAGCAUGAAGAUGGAGGAGAUUAAUAAAAUCAUCAGAGAUUUAUGGCGGAGCACGUACAGAGGACAAGACAUUGAGUAUGUGGAGAUAUGCUCUGAUGUGGAUGAGAACACCUCUGCUGGCCUGAAAAGAAGGACCUAUAACUAUAGAGUGGUAAUGGUCAAAGGAGACACUGCUUUGGACAUGCGUGGACAUUGCAGUGCUGGACAAAAGGUUCUUGCCUCUCUCAUAAUACGGUUGGCUCUGGCUGAGACGUUUUGUCUGAACUGUGGGAUUCUGGCGCUGGAUGAGCCCACCACCAACCUAGACAGAGAGAAUAUAGAGUCUUUGGCACACGCACUGGUGGAGAUAAUCAAGAGUCGUUCUCGCCAAUGCAACUUCCAGCUCCUUGUUAUCACCCACGAUGAGGAUUUUGUGGAGCUCCUGGGACGGUCCAACUAUGUGGAGCAUUUCUACAGGAUCAGGAAGAACCAGGACCAGUGCUCAGAGAUCACGAAAUGUAACAUCAACACUCUCAACUCCUACCUGCACUGAUGCAUCAGAUCAGGUGAGAGAAGAAAGACUGUUAGUCUACAGAGGUGACAAAAUCAAAGUUCAGUUUUUGGACAGUUGUUAGGCAUGACCUAAACAUAAUGUUUAUCAGCAUCCCUACACCUACCUACAAAAAGUGUAUGUUGGCCUUCGUAUAAAUUUAGUU